UUGUCUACUGAAAAUUAUUUACCUGGUCAUAAACACCUGUAGAGACAUUUUUCCUUACGGAUAACUGUGUGAUACUGUAAAGAGAUGUCGAGUAUCGAAGAACGGGAUGUGGAAGAGCGGGAUGUUGAAGAGCAGGACUCAAAAGAGCGGGAUUCCCAAAACGUGAACGCCGAGGAGCAGGACGACCAAGAUCAGAGCGCCGAAAAGCGGGAAACCAAAGCCGAAAAGCUGCCAUGCUUGGCUCCGCAAGACCAGCACGACAAAGAGCAUCACAUCCAAGAGCAGAGCGCCCAAGGACUGAACACCCAAGAGCGGCAUUUUCAAGGGCGGGAUACGCAGGGCAAGGAUGCCAGCGUUCAUGUGGCCGAAAAAGGGCCAUACCUGGAGUCUAACACCCAAGACGGGCACAAACAAGAGAAAGCCCCCCAAUCCACGCAAAGGGUAUGCUAUGAUUUCCAAGAGCGGUUCGAGGAAGUGAGGCUACAGCAGCUCGAACGAAAUCAGCUCGCCCAAGAGCAGUUGGCCAAAGAGCGGCGAACCAAAAAGCGGCAUGCCCUAAACCUGCUAGCUCUAGAGCGGCCUGCCAACUUGCGGGGUGAAGAAACGCGCCAAGAGCGGCGUGGGAAAUAUCGACUCACACAUAGGAUUUCCAUAGAGCUAAUCAAACGGCGGCUUAUCAAAGAGCGGCUCGCCCAAGAGCGGCUCGAACAAGAGCAGCUCGCAAAAGAGCGGCUCUACCAAAAGUGUCUCGCCAAAGAGUGUCUCUACCGAGUGUCUCAUGCUCCAGAGCGGUCCUCCAGACACUGGCAUGCCCGAGUGCAGCUAUACCGAAAGCAGCUCAACGAAUGCAAAGCCAAAGAACAGCCACAGUCUGAUACUCAAGAACAGCAUGCAGAAAUUCUGGGGGCGAAAACUCGACAGGACGUCCAACAGAGGGAGCAGGACGCCCGACAGAGAGAGCGGAAUGCCCGAAAGAGGGAGCUGGACGCCCAACAGAGGGAGAGGGACGCCCAACCUCGCGAUCCUAUGAUGGAGCAGGACGUCCAACAGAGGGAGUGGGACCCCCGAAAGAGGGAGCGGGACGCCAAACAGAGAGGGCGGCACGCCCAACCUCGCGAUAAUAUUAUGAGGGAGCGGAAUCUCCAACAGGAUGACGCUCAACAGCGGGAGUUGAAUACCGGACAGCGGGAGUUGAACACCGGACUGCGGCAGUUGAACACUGCAGAGCGGGAGUUGAACACGGGACAGCGGGAGUAGAACACCGGACAGCGGGAGUUGUACACUGAAAUGUGGGACGUGCAAGGGUCGGAAGAGUGGGAGUCCGAAACACCGCUAUGCUCGGAUACUGAUUAAUAAGAACAUUGAACUAUACUUUUGGCCCGGUAUACGAAUUUACUGGAAUUUUAUUUUAUUACGCACAAUCAUGUUGCGUUGACCGAUGAAAGUACGAUGUGGGCUGUUGUAACCAGCCAUGGUAUAGCAGAUUAACGAGAGUAAUGACGAGAAAACCUGUGUUGGACAGGAGAACAAGUAUAAGUCAGUUUACUCCAUGUUCUUUGGCGUGCAAGAUAAAAAUUCAAGUUAGUCAGUGUAUAAUAUUUGGCAAGCACAGCUGUGGCCAGAGAAAUUUGACUUUUUAUUCUUUUACUUCAUGAGUAAGACAGUCCUAGGCUCAAGUGUGCAGCGUAGUGUGUGUGUGUGUGUGUGUGUGUGUGUGUGUGUGUGUGUGUGUGUGUGUGUGUGUGUGUGUGUGUGUGUG